AUUACUGACGGAUUUUCCCCCAAAAAACCGCGAACAUUUAAGCUAAGCGCUUCUCCUUGCAAACGUUCGUUCCCCAGUAACAUCAUCUGCAACCAAAAGUACAGCGUGCUCACAUUUCUUCCGUUGGUUUUACUUAAUCAGUUCAAGUACUUUUUUAACUUGUACUUUUUAUUGGUUGCCUUAUCUCAGCUUAUAAAAGUAUUUCAAAUUGGAAAUUUGUACACUUACUGGGGACCCCUUUUGUUUGUGUUGAUUGUUACUAUCAGCAAGGAGGCUUACGAUGACUUUCAGAGAUUCCGCAGAGAUUGCGAGGUGAAUUCUUCCGUUUAUAAGAAGUUGCGUGUAGAAAGCUUUGAAGAAAUUAAAAGCGCAGAUUUAAAGGUGGGCGACGUGCUUCUACUUGAAAUGAAUCAAAGGGUCCCCGCAGAUUGUUUGUUGUUGAGAACUUCUGACAAAUCCGGCUCGUGCUUUAUCCGCACCGAUCAAUUGGACGGGGAGACGGACUGGAAGUUGCGGGUUGCGGUGCCCUCCUGCCAAAUGGUCAAGAGGGACGAGGAGGUCUUCUCUAUGGACGCCACUGUGUUUGCCGAUAAGCCAACAAAAGAUAUUCACUAUUUCACUGGUAACUUCAUGAUCUCUGGGCGUCCCACUGAGCCUUUAAGCGUGGAAAACAUGCUCUGGGCCAAUACGGUACUGGCCUCUGGCACUGCCCUUUGCUGUGUUAUAUACACCGGCAAGGAAACUCGCAGUGUGAUGAACACAUCUCCUCCCGCCAACAAAAUUGGCCUGUUGGACCGUGAGAUCAAUGUUUUAACCAAAAUGCUUUUCGCUUUGACGCUCGUCCUCUCAUUUGUUCUAGUGGCCCUGAAGGGCCUUAAUGAAGUCUGGUACGUGUAUAUGUUCCGGUUUGUGCUGCUUUUCUCGUACAUUAUCCCUAUAAGUCUUCGGGUUAACCUUGACUUUGCCAAGGUCUUCUAUAGUUACACCAUCGAAAAAGAUAAAGGUAUUCCGGGCACCGUUGUCCGGACUUCGAGUAUCCCCGAAGAGCUCGGGAGAAUCCAUUACCUGCUAAGUGACAAAACCGGCACAUUAACGCAAAAUGAAAUGCUGUUUGAACGACUGCACAUGGGUACUGUCUCCUUCAAUUCAGAAACCUUUUUAGACGUUAAAGAGGCGCUGACUUCUAGCCUUAAACUUGUCUCGAAGUCAAGUUCCAGUCCUUCCAGUGAAUCACUUUUAGCAAACUCGAACUCUGUUACUAUCAAUUCUCGAAUCAAAAACGUCGUCACUGCACUGGCACUUUGUCACAAUGUAACGCCAAUCUCUGAUAACGGCGAAACCAUUGGCUAUCAAGCUGCUUCUCCAGAUGAAAUUGCCUUAGUUAACUGGACAGCGGAACUUGGACUACGGCUUGUGUAUCGUGAUCUACACCGUAUAGUGCUUGAGGUUGAUUGCGAAAACCUCUCUAUUGGUUACGAGAUUCUGCAUGUCUUUGCUUUUACUUCAGAGACGAAGCGAAUGGGCGUCAUUGCCAAGGAAGAGAGUUCCGGCGAGAUUGUAUUUUUGUUGAAAGGCGCUGAUGUGAUUAUGUCGAAGAUUGUCAUGCACUCCGAUUGGUUGCAAGAGGAAUGCGAUAACAUGGCACGGGAGGGGCUGCGAACGCUGGUGGUGGCUCGGAAGACUUUUUCCUUAGAAGAAUACACCGCUUUUAAUUCAGAGUAUACAUUGGCAAAGUGCAGUACUGGAAGCAGACAAGAGAACGUAAGAAGAGUUAUUCAAAGUAUAGAACAUGGAAUGGAACUUUUAGGCGUUACUGGCGUGCGAGACAAGCUACAAGAAGACAUCAAGCCAACUCUUGAAUUGCUUAAAGAUGCAGGCAUCCGCAUAUGGAUGCUUACGGGCGAUAAAAUGGAGACAGCCACAUGCAUAGCCAUUAGCACAAGACUGGUUUCUCGGUCCCAAGAGAUCCACCAAUUUGCACAAGUUAAUAAUGAAAAGGAAGCAAUCAAGGAACUAUAUACUUUUAAAAAAAAGGAAAACUGUGCUUUAGUUAUUGACGGGUCAACUUUGCAGCUUUUCCUGAGUUUUUUUGAAGAAGACUUUAUAGAAGUAGCCAGUAAAUGCCCGACAGUUAUAUGCUGCCGGUGCACUCCCACCCAAAAAGCGGAAAUUGUGAAACUUAUUAAGCGCUAUUCGGACGCCCAAGUUUGUGCCAUUGGCGACGGCGGAAACGAUGUUUCCAUGAUCCAAUCGGCUGAUAUUGGUAUCGGCAUUGUUGGGAAAGAAGGAAAGCAAGCUUCCCUCGCCGCUGAUAUUUCCAUCACUAAAUUCAAGCACAUUGUCCCUCUUUUUUUAUGGCACGGGCGCACCAGCUACAAGCGCUCGGCGGCUUUAGCUCAGUUUGUCAUUCACCGCGGCUUAAUUAUAUCCGUCAUUCAAGCCGUCUUUUCGGCAGUCUUCUACUUUUCAGCCAUUUCUCUCUAUCAGGGACCUCUUCUAGUGGGCUAUGCUACUAUUUACACCUCACUUCCAGUGUUCUCAUUAGUUUUGGAUGUUGAUUUAACCAGGAGUUUGGCCAUUAUGUAUCCCGAGUUAUAUAAAGACUUGACUAAGGGGCGCCUGCUAACUAUGAAGACCUUUUUUGCAUGGGUGGGAAUAAGUACUUACCAAGGCGCCUCUAUCAUGAUCGGCGCUUUGUUACUUUUUAACUUUGGCGAGUUUAUACAUAUUGUUUCUAUUUCCUUCACUGCAUUAAUACUGACGGAGCUGUUAAUGGUCGCACUGACGGUCGUUUCUUUUCAUUGGUUAAUGGUGGUAUCAGUAUUCGGGAGCUUUCUAGCAUACAUACUCUCCAUCUUUGUCCUGACCAAUUAUUUUGAUCUCAAGUUUGUGUGCUCAUUUACCUUUUUGUGGAAACUGCUGGUGAUCACCACAAUCAGCUGUUUUCCUUUAUUCUUUCUUAAACAGUUGCGACAUCGCUUAGACCCGCCAAAUUACUCCAAACUCACUUAA